UCCCGCCGCGGAUCGCCACCCACCAGACCCCUCCUCCCCCGGCCAUUGUGACACGCCCGCCCCCGAGGCAGGGGCCCGGCCCAGCCCAGGCCAGCCGGCGGGAUGGAGGAGCAGAAGGUCUCGCGGCCCCGGGUCACCUUCUUCCAGCCCCGCGUCAACCAAGUGCUGGUGCUGUUCAGUCUGUUCAAUGGCAGUGAAGUGGCUGUGAAAAGGUUUUUGCCAAAGAGUCACUUAUCCACAGUCAUCAUCCGUGACAACACCAGUGUCCAGCGAAUUCAGGAGAUCAAGGUAAAUCACUUGGAGGAGACAAGAAUAAAGACCAGCCACUUUUAUGAGCACUUAAAGAAGAAGUUCACGAGUGACCAGCAGAAGAAGGUAUCA